AUGGUAUACCAUUUUGUUAAGCAGAUGCAAUCUGAGUUUGAAAUGAGUCUUGUUGGUGAACUGACAUACUUUCUUGGGCUCCAAGUCAAACAAGUGGAUGACACUAUCUUCAUCUCCCAAAGCAAGUAUUCCAAGAAUAUAGUGAAGAAGUUUGGCAUAGAAAAUGCUAUCCAUAAAAGGGCACCUGCACCAACUCAUUUGAAACUAACCAAAGAUGAAAAAGGUGUAAAUAUGGAUCAAAGUCUGUAUAGGAGUAUGAUUGGUAGUCUUCUUUAUCUCAUAGCUAGCAGACCUAACAUUACAUUUGUUGUAUGCGUAUGUGCUAGAUAUCAAUCUGAACCCAAAAUGAGUCACAUUACUCAAGUGAAAAGGAUUCUGAAGUAUAUAAAUGGAAUUAGUGAAUAUGGAAUGUUGUAUUCUCAUAAUGCAAACUCCUUACUAACAGGAUACUGUGAUGCAGAUUGGGCAAGCAAUGUUGAUGAUAGAAAAAACACUUUUGGAGGAUGUCUCUUUUUGGGAAAUAAUCUCAUAUCUUGGUUCAGUAAGAAGAAAAGUAAUGUGUCCUUAUCUACAAUUAAGGUUGAAUAUAUUGCUGUAGGAAGUAGUUGCUCUCAAUUAAUUUGGAUGAAAUAA